CUAUGGACACGAGUCCAUAAUUCUUGCGAGAUGAUCCGUGGAAAUCCUGAUGUUUUCGAACGAGUGCGCCAGUCAUGUAGACGUCGUGCUCAGGCAUGUUUUGAAAGAACAACAAAACUGUAAAUCGUUUCACCUGAAUUAUGGAAGCAUGCUUGACUGCUAGUUGUGCGGCUGCAAUAAACAGCUCUCCUGCUAAUAUCUUUCCAUACCUAGUGCAAACGCUUCUAGCAGCGCAAUGUAGCUUAGCCAGUGAUAUUUACCCUCCAGAUCGUUCAGAAGAAAUUGCGGCUUCUAAUAUAGAAUUUGACUUUAUAAUUGUUGGUAGUGGAAGCGCUGGAUCUGUGGUGGCCAAUCGUUUAACCGAAGUAGAAGAUUGGAAAAUACUGUUAAUCGAAGCUGGCGAUAAUCCCUCUGUACUUAAUGAGAUUCCCGGGGCCUUUUUGAUGCAAAUAGACUCACCGAUAGAUUAUUCAUACGAUGUUGAACCCGAAAAAUUUGCUUGUCACGGUAGCAAAAACAAAUUGUGCAAAUGGGCAAAAGGGAAAGCUCUCGGCGGCAGCUCUACUUUAAAUGCUAUGCUCUAUAUUAUGGGCAAUGACGAGGAUUACAACGAAUGGUCUCGAAUGGGAAACGAAGGAUGGAGUUAUGACGAAGUUCUCCCAUAUUUCAAGAAAUCGCAAUCUUGCGGUCAUGGACAUAGUGACGAAUGGAGGAGCAAAUACUGUGGUCAUGACGGACCUUUAAAUAUCAGGUAUUUCAACUAUACUAAUCCGGACGUAUUUGAAAUGGUUCUAGAUGCCGCUCGCGAAAUGGACAUACCUAUUUUGGACGUAAUUAAUAAUGGCGAGAAAUUUAUCGGAUACGGUGUAGCCCAAGGCACUUUGGAUAAAGGUCGCAGAAUGAGCACUUCGAAAGCUUUCCUGUCGUCAAUUAAAGAUAGAAGCAAUCUCUACGUAAUGAAAUCGACUCGAGCCGACGCCAUUCUCCUCGAUGGUACUCGAGCCGUUGGAGUACGCGUAACUUUGAAGGACGGAAGGUCAAUCGACGUAAAAGCCUCGAAAGAGGUGAUCUUGUCAGCGGGCAGCAUAGGCAGUCCCCAACUUCUUAUGCUUUCCGGUAUCGGACCCAAGCAGCAUUUAUAUGAAAUGGGAAUACCUAAUGUCGUUGAUUUACCUGUCGGCCAGAAUCUUCAGGAUCAUCUUAGAUGGACCGGCAUAUUCUUGGAUUUCAAAAACCACAGCGCAAUAUUUUCACCCACGUAUUUAUUGGAUGAGGCUUACGAGUAUUUAAUUUAUAAUCGAGGUCCCUUCGCAACUAGCGCAGCUUAUGAUCUUCAUGGGUUCGUCAACGUACAUGAUUCGAGCUCCAAGUAUCCAAACAUUCAGUUUCAUCAUAUUCAUUUUUUACAAGGCCAAAUGGAUAAAGCAUUCGCUUCACUAGUGCAGUUCUACAUAAACAAAGAAAUAAGUCAAGAUAUAGUAAAAUUGUUAACAGAUAAGUCAAUACUCGCUCCUGUACCUGUUCUGCUAAAGCCGAAGAGCACAGGCGAAUUGCGACUACGUAGCAAAGAUCCAGUAGAUCGAAUCAGAAUCUUCGCCAAUUAUUAUUCUGUACAAGAGGAUAUGGACACGAUGUUAAAAUCUUUGGACAUUGUGAAGAAGAUGUUGAAUACGGAGACAUUUAAACGACAUGGAAUAAGAUUGCAUCAUUUAGAUAUUGCGGAUUGCCGUGAUACUGAACCUGAUUCCGAGGAAUACUGGAAGUGUAAUUUGCGACAUAUGUCGUUUACAAUUUAUCAUCCUGUUGGAACGACCAAGAUGGGCCCUCAAAGCGAUCCCACAGCUGUUGUAAGCCCACGAUUAAAAGUCCAUGGUAUACAGGGAUUAAGAGUGAUCGAUGCAUCCAUUAUGCCGACAAUUACUAGUGGAAACACAAAUGCGCCUACAAUAAUGAUAGGCGAGAAAGGCGCAGACUUGAUCAAAGAGGAUUGGGCAAUUAUAAAAGGCAAGGAUGAAUUGUAAAAGAUACAUUUCAAAAUAACUUUAAAACUUUUAUCAAACUUUUCUUCUUUCUUUUUUUAUAAUAAUUUUUUUUAUAAUAAUUUCUGUAUUAUGAGGAUCAAAUGCUAAUAUUAAAGUACAAAUGGUAAAGUACAGAAGCUAAUAUUUAAGUACAAAUGGU